AUGGGCGAUGAAAAAACUCCCAGGUGUUCACGGUCACCGAGUCAAUCUCUGACAACGCCUAGUUUGAAUCUAAUGGAGCAACUGUUGCUGGCCAAAAUGGAUAGAAACAGUUUGACUGAUCAUGUCGAUAACAACAUUAACAUAAACAACAACAAAAAUUUGAGCAGUCUCGCCACAAGGAAGAAAACACUGAUUUUACGCGCUAAUUCAAUGGACAGUCAAACAAGCGUGAGCACGUUGUAUUCAACAAAUUCAGCGGAUUCUGCCAGUAAUCGUUAUUGCAAGUGUGACGAUUGUUUACUUGGCAUUGUCGACAAACAUCAACGACAUACGCCUACUUCUCUUACUCGUAAAAAGAUUUAA